CGAGAGACCCUUCUGAGGAAAAAGAGCCCCCAUUCCCGGGAGCUUGGCUUCUGAGAGGCGCGCGCCAGGUGAGCGGGGCGGGCGCGCGCCUCUCCCCGCCGCGACAGGUAACCUGGAACCUGCCCUCGCGCCCACACGCCGAGCCUCCGGGCUGGAUGAAAUUACGCGCCUCUCGCCCUCAUGCAUAAAACAUGGCGCGGGAGGAGGGGGAGGCGGAGGGCGACCGCGCGGAGCCCAGCAGCACAGCCGCCUGUCCCGCGUCGCCGGGCUUCCCCAGAGCCGCCGCCGCUGCUGCUGGUGCUGCUGGUGGGCCCCACGCCCCACCGGCCAGAGAGGAAACUGGGUGUCCUCGCUUCCCGCUGGGCCCGCGUCCCCUGGGCGCGUGGAUUUACGCAGCGCUUCGCGCGCCGCCUUGGAAGCCGCCGCCGCCGUCGCUUCGAGCUGCAGCCUCUGGUGACCAUGGAGCUCCCUCCGCGCCUGAAUUGCCGCUGCCUGCUGAGGAACCGGCCUUGGAGGCGCAGGACCAAGCGGGGGCCGCUCAGGAGAAUAUCUUCCAGAUUCCCAGAAAUCAUGUCAGUAGGAUCACACUCGUUCUCCCCAGGAGGCCCUAAUGGGAUUAUUAGAAGUCAAUCCUUUGCUGGCUUCAGCGGCCUCCAGGAAAGAAGAUCAAGGUGUAACUCCUUUAUUGAAAAUUCCUCUGUGCUCAAGAAACCCCAGGCAAAAGUGAAGAAGAUGCACAAUCUGGGACACAAGAGUAACAGCGCUGCUAAAGAGCCUCAGCCAGAAAGGAUGGAGGAGGUUUACAGGGCCUUAAAGAAUGGACUGGAUGAGUAUCUGGAAGUGCAUCAAACAGAGCUGGAUAAGUUGACUGCUCAGCUAAAGGACAUGAAAAGAAACUCACGGCUGGGGGUGCUGUAUGAUCUAGACAAGCAAAUGAAAGCAAUUGAAAGAUAUAUGAGAAAGCUGGAGUUCCACAUCAGCAAGGUUGACGAACUGUUUGAAGCUUAUUGUAUCCAAAGACGGCUCCGUGAUGGUGCCAGCAAAAUGAAACAAGCAUUUGGGUUGUCCCCUGCCAGUAGGGCAGCUCGGGAGAGUUUGACAGAAAUCAACAAAAGCUACAAAGAAUACACAGAGAACAUGUGUACUAUUGAAGGAGAGUUGGAAAAUCUAAUGGGGGAGUUCUGCAUUAAGAUGAAAGGUCUGGCUGGUUUUGCUCGACUUUGCCCUGGAGACCAGUAUGAGAUUUUCAUGAGGUAUGGCCGUCAGAGAUGGAAACUGAAAGGCAAAAUAGAAGUCAAUGGCAAGCAAAGCUGGGAUGGAGAAGAAAUGGUCUUUCUCCCUCUUAUCGUUGGGUUGAUCUCCAUUAAGGUCACAGAAGUUAAAGGCCUUGCUACUCACAUCCUGGUGGGAAGUGUUACCUGUGAGACGAAAGAGUUGUUUGCUGCUCAGCCUCAAGUUGUUGCUGUGGACAUCAAUGACCUUGGCACAAUAAAGCUGAAUCUGGAGAUCACCUGGCACCCAUUUGAUGUUGAGGACUUGACCCCAUCCGCAGGCAACACAAACAAAGCAUCCGCUCUCCAAAGGAGAGUGUCCAUGUAUAGCCAAGGCACUCCAGAAACCCCGACCUUCAAGGAUCACUCAUUCUUUAAAUGGCUGCAUCCUCCACAAGACAGGCUCCAGCUUUCCAUUUUAGAUCCUCUGCAGGAUGCUUUCUUUGACAAGCUGCGCCGCAGUCGUUCCUUUAGUGAUCUGCUGUCUCUCAGGCUGAGACCUAGAGCAGGGCUAGAACAUUAUUCAAAUUCACCUGAUGAUGUCUUUGAAAAUGGGACGGCAGAAAAUGAGAAAAGGCCAAUGUCGCUCAGCUUCAGUGAUAUUCCCAAUGGAGAUUUCACUCAAUCAUCCAGUUUGGUGGGUUCCUGCACCAUAGAUAACCCUAAUCCUGAAAUUACUGUCACGCCCCCAGAACACAACGGGCAGAAGUUAUCAAAAACUCACACCAUGGACAAUAUCAGUACAAGCUCAUCUGUAGACUCUACACCUGAAUCCAGAGACUUAAAACCACAAGAGCAUGUGCUAGUGAAUGAGGAAAAUAAGAUUUCGUGCAUAGAUUCUGGAGUUUGCCAAAAGUCUCUAGGUUCAAGAAGCAGCAACCUGUUCUUAGAUAAUAGUGCCCAGGUAUCACUUCUGCAGGACACAGAUGAGUUGUCAGAGCUCAAGCCUGUGGAACUGGAUACUUUUGAAGGCAACAUCACGAAGCAGCUGGUUAAAAGACUCACUUCAGGAGAAUGCCCAAUGACACCUGAAAAGCUGCACUGUGAGGGGUCAAUAAGUGGUGAAUCAGAAGGCUAUAAAUCUUGUGUUGACGGAAGCCUAGAAGAAGCAUUUCAGGGACUUAUUCUAGCACUUGAACCUCAUAAAGAACAAUUUAAAGAAUUUCAGGAUUUGGACCAAGAAGUAACACACCUAGACGAAAUCUUAAAAUGCAGACCAGCAAUCAGUCACAGCAGGUCAUCCAGCUUAAGCCUAACAGUUGAGAGUGCACUGGAAAGUUUUGAUUUCCUCAAUACCUCCGACUUUGAAGAUGAUGGUGGUACUGACGAGCUUUGCAAUGGCGGUCGAGGCACUGACUGCGUAUUCUCAGAUACGGAAGUUGAGAAAAACAGUUACAGGUCAGAACACCCAGAAGCCAGGGGGCAUCUCAGCGAAGCAUUGACAGAAGACACAGGAGUUGGUACCAGUGUCGCUGGAAGCCCUCUUCCGUUGACCACGGGGAACGAAAGCCUUGAUAUCACCAUAGUCAAGCACUUACAGUACUGCACACAGCUUAUUCAGCAAAUUGUAUUCUCCAGUAAAACUCCCUUUGUGACAAGAAACCUCCUUGAUAAGCUGUCUCAGCAGGUUCUAGUGAUUGAGAGUCUUGCAGAGAUCAGCAAUGAGAACACCGGGAACAUCAGACCUGUAAGCGAAGCAAUUCCGGAAUUCCAGAAAAGGGUCUCUCUGCUUUCCUUCUGGAGUAAAUGUACCAAUCCUUCUGGGUUCUACCACAUCUCUGCUGACAAGAUGAUCAAACAACUGGAUGCCAUGUUCGCUACUACGCUGAAUGACGAGUGCCCAGGACUUGCAGAAACAGUGUUCAAAACCUUGGUAUCACAUAUCUUGGACCGAGCAGAGCCUGUCCUCUCUUCUAGUCUGUCCUUGGAAAUCAUAACAGUUUUCCAGUAUUACAACUAUUUUGCUAACAAAAAUGUCCACGAUCUGGCAAAUUAUUUGCUUCAGCUUGCAAGAGAAGCCUUAAUGGUGCAGACUCUACAGUCCUUAAGAGAUGAAAAGUUCUUGCAGAAUAAAGCCACUUUAACCUCCUUCAGCCUCCCACCUCAGCAAGAAGUACUGAAAUCCUUGGCUCUCCUCCUCCUGACUGAAAACAAAAGGGAGACCCACGAGGCUGUGGCAUCCUUGUUGUCGGCUGCAGCAGAAGACAAGGACUUCAGGGAAAAGGCUUUAAUUUAUUACUGCGAAACCCUUGCACAGCCCAGCCUCCACCUGCAGAAGGCAGCUUGUAUGGCCCUGAAAUGCCUCCAGGCAACUGAAAGUAUUAAAAUGCUAGUCACGCUUUGCCAGUCUGACAAUGAAGAGAUCAGGAAGAUAGCCUCUGAAACCCUUCUUUCUCUUGGAGAAGAUGGACGGCUGGCAUAUGAGCAGCUAGAUAAAUUCCCUCGUGAAUUUGUUAAGGUUGGUGUACGACGUGGGACUGAGGUAGCCACAGCCUUUUAAGAGUUUCAAUUGCAUAUUAACACAACAGCUUCAGAGGCUGGUCUUCUUUAACCACAACGGUGCUGUAGCUGAACUGCAAGAAGAUUCACAGGUGUUCGAAGAAGAAGAAUGAAUUUGAGGGCUGUUACUGGCUUCACUCUGUAACUUAUAAUGAAAACAGUGAUUUGUCAAAGAUUGCAGUUGCUUUGCUUUUGAGUGAAACUAGGUCACUGCCAUACAGUCAGCCUCGGCAAAUACAACAAAAGUUUUGUAAUCAUAAAUGAGGCAUUUUAAAUUGUAUAUGGUGGGUUUUCUGUGGAUAUAAUUGCAUCAGUUUAAAACUUUGUGAUGCUUCCUGUAAAUCAGUGGAAAGGAAAAAGCAAACUGAGUAGGACUUUUAACAGCAGUUCUGACUCCCAUCUGUGCUGUGCCUCAGUUGCCUUCAAGUAUCUCCUGCCUUGUUUUUGUUCUUAGUAGCACCAUUUAGUAUGAACAAUCUUCAGAUGACGGGCCUGACUCUGGAAACAGCUGGAUGCAAACUCCAGAUUUCAGUAAUUCUCUGACUCAUUUCCUAUUUCCAUUCUUGCUCUUUUCUGGCUUCCAGUAAUGACCUCUGAUAAAUCCCAAAUGAUUUUUUAAAAUAAAAACAAACACUCUCAAGCAGUCGUGCAGGUUGUAUAAAACAAACAGGUGUUCUCCUUUUUUCCAGAAAGGGCAUAUGGCCACAUUAUACUUUUACAUGAAAACACCGAGAUUUAAUCUUCCUUUCCCCUUCCUUGACAUUUCAAAAAAGAAUGAGGUUUUGUGCAUUUAUAGCUGGGAGCUACAAUGAUUUCAAUGUAAAAGAGAACAAGUGGUGGAGAUCUCUGGGACUACUUCAAAUUGAGUUGUUCACACACACUCCCUAUCUGCAACAAUCAAGGUGACAGACAGCAUGCUAUGAUGCUAGUUUUCUUAGAAGUAAAUCCCAGUGUGCAAUGGUGGUUACUCCCAAAUUAGUAUGCAUGGAUUGUAACUUGAAGGUGUUUUAUUGAAGCCCUCAUCAGACAAUAAAGUUUGAAGCGGCUCAUAGCUCUUCAACCAUUGGGCACUCCUCCUUGGAGACAUACAGAUUGUGAAGUGCUGGUUGUUGGUUUUUUAAAAAUAAAUUUAACAGAAGUCUUUCCCCCCUUUUUUGCCAAAAUGCAUUGGCAAGCCAGUAUUCUUAAUUGUUAAUGUUGUAACACUGUAUAUACCUGUAUAUUAUAAAUUAUAAAUAUUCUUUGAUUAAAAGCUGUACAGUCACUCAAAGGUUUUACUGAAGGGGGAAAGUCUCUUUUAUGAAAUGUGAAAUAAGUAAUUGUGCUCUGGUUUUUACAGCACAUUGCUGCCACAAGCCUACAGUCUUUCAUUGUCGUCUUUUGUAUUGAUUUUUGGCUUACAUUUGCCUUCUAGGUUUGUGGUAUUUGUACUUCUCAUAUAUACGGCUCCUGUUUAAGUUAUAAUAAAGAUUAUUUUUGAAUUACUAAA